GGAACAGGGUGCAACUCCGGGAAGUCAUGCGGCUCGGGACGUGCGAAGUCGGGGUCGCGGGUUUCGGAAGGUGACCGCCGCUUUGUGCGAUGAUCUGCACUUGCUGCGAUCGGCAAUAGGGGGGGGGGAUGUGACAGUGAGAUUGUCUAUGAAUGUUUAUGAAAGGGGAUCCUCGUUGCUCUGGGGUGGCCUGAUCAUGUUUUGCCUUGGUCUGGCCCACCGGCACCGUCAGGUUGUUGAGAUGCUGCGUCACGCAAGCCACUUCGCAGUUAUUGCAGAAUUGCCUUGGUUUGGGGUCUGAUUGUGCGAGUUUAAUUUACAAGAGGGUGAGUCAUAUCUACAGCGGUAGUCAGUGGAUGUAUUGCGAGCUUCUUUCGAGUGUGUAGUUGCCAAUGGUCGAAAUUUGUGCACUUCGGUGGUAGAUCGCACCCCCGUUGCUGACUUUUUAACUCACCUUAAUCAUUCAUUGCGAGCGCGAAGACUAGAAGCGCGUGCAAGAUGGAGCUGGAUUUUAAAUCAUUGACAGAAGCGACCUCCGGUGCUGUUGGUGGUCUCGUUAGUACAACUCUUUUGUAUCCGUUGGAUACGUGCAAGUCCAAGUAUCAGGCCGAGGCUAAAGCUGGAACGGCACGGAAAUACAAGUCCCUCUUUGAUGUGUUCUGGGAAUCAGUUGGAGCCGGCAAAGUCUUGUCAUUGUACCAGGGACUUGGGACGAAGAGUCUGCAGUCUGUCAUCUCACAAUUCAUCUAUUUUUAUAGCUACAGCCUUUUCAAGCAAUGGUACUUAGCUAAAGCUAAAGUAUCCAAAAUGGGCACGGGGGCGAAUCUAAUAGUAGCUGCAGCAGCGGGCACGUGCACUGCUGUAUUGACCCAGCCCCUAGAUACUGCAUCAACCAGGAUGCAGACAAGUGCAUUUGGAAAGUCGAAAGUUUUAUGGAAAACAUUGACAGAAGGCAGCUGGUCGGAGGCUUAUACUGGGUUUGGAGCAUCUCUUGUCCUUGUUUCGAAUCCGGCGAUCCAGUACACUGUAUUUGAACAGCUCAAGGACUUCUUACUACGACCAGAUGUAGUUGUUGAGAUAGUUGGGACAGAUAGGAGACUUUCUAAGUCAUCUCCUAAGGCUUUGACUGCUUUUCAAGCAUUUUUGGUUGGAGCAUCAUCCAAGACCAUUGCUACGAUUCUUACAUAUCCUGCUAUCAGAGCAAAAGUCAUGCUUCAAGCAGCCGAAUCUGAGGAAGACAAGGCAACACGCUUGAAUGGAGAACCAGACUGUAACGCAAGACAUCGUGCUCGAAAUAUGUUGGACACAUUUAAACAGAUCGGGCAAGAGGAAGGGGUAAAGGGCUAUUUCAAGGGUUUGCAUGCUCAAAUUGUUAAAACCGUCUUAUCGGCUGCUCUUAUGCUUAUGAUCAAGGAGAAAGUUGCCACUAGUACUUGGAUAGUCAUGAUGGCGUUCCGAAAGUGGUUGCUUACGAGUGGAAAGCAGCUUAAGACCGUCAGUGUACCUCCAUCUGCUGUUGCUCCCAUUGCUGCAGUUGGAGUUGCUCUUGCCUCGAAAGCUGCGAAGUAGAGCUCAUCCAUCGGUGGUACAUAGGUAUUCUACUGGAAACCGACUGUCUCAAAAAUUAGAUUCAGUCGUAUUCAAGUUUAGUGGUUAAAAUUUAACGCUCUGAACCUAACAGUUGAGGUCUGCAGGUUCAAAAUUAGGCGAUUCUUCAUCAAUACAGACGAACAUUCUCAGAUUUUAGACGAUUUUUUAAUCAUAUAAUAAUUAGCCCUUUUGUCUUGUAUAUUUCCCCACAUAGGUUUUGUAUAAUCCUCUCCAUCAAUUGAACACCUUACCUGGUGUCACGUUUACAUCUGCA